ACCGACAAGCCAGGGCCGGGACGCAUCACGCAGCGAGGCACCACGCAGGAAGCCAGAAAUGAUAAAUUAUCUGAUUGAUGACAGUACAGGUCGUCACUGGAAUACAGGCACACAAGUUAAGGCCCGAUCUACGGUACGUAUGACGUCAAGGCAGGGUGGAGGUCAUGAGAUCGCAUAACGGUCAUGUCUUCAUACGUAGAUCGAUAGAGACGACAAAUAAUGGGAAGUACCACUGUAUGCCACGCUAUAUAAAGGCCUCCCACAGCUCUUUACCCCCACCCUUACUGCGUUCUCAAUACUUUUUGCCCACUCAACACACAACAACAACUACCGUUAUGUUCCGUCAGACUUCUAUCCGUCUAGCUUCCACAGCUACCCCCGCUCGUGCCGUCCUUCGACCCAAGGCUGCCAUCAGACCUUCUCAACCCCGAUACAAUGGCCUCCGAUCUGUACGACGUACUUAUGCCACUGAUGUUCCUCCCCCUUCACAACCUUCGGGAGGCAACGGUGGUAGCAAUGGCCCAAUGUUCUUGGUCCUCGCAGCCAUCGUUGGUCUUGGUGCGGGAGGCUAUUAUUAUUUGAAGCCUGUUCGAGAUGUCGCUACUAUUACCAACCAGUCAAUCAAUUCCAUGAAAGACAAUGCUUCUAGUCUGAGUGAUCUGGCAGGCUACGCCAAGUCUAUGCUUCCCCCAGGUGCUUUCGCCCUCUACUCUCACCUUUCCAAGCAGGAAGGUGGCAUCAAUGGCUUUCUCUCUUCUUUGAAGGAUAAAGAUUUGAAAGAGGUCCUUGAGGAAUUAAAGAAGGCAGGCGGCGACGACAUCAAGCGCAUUGUGGAGAAGGUGCAAAAGAAGGUCGAUGAGGCUAAGGGAAACGUUGAAAAGGUUGACUGGAAAGGCCUCGCUCAGGACUUGAAGGAUGAGCUGCCAGAGAGUAGCCAAAGGGUUGUCGACAUGAUGAUCGGACGAAUACCCGAUAAGGCCGAGCUUGAGAACUUGGUUAAGAAAGCGAAGUCUAUUGGUGAUGACCAGCUUAAACAGUUUGAGGAAGCGGCAAACAAGGUGUGGCAAAAGGUCGAGCAAGCCAAGAAGGAUGGGAAGGGUCAAGCCGACGCUUUGCUCACUGGUCUCAAAGAAGCUGCCCCUGCCGACGUCGACUCUCUUAUAAAACAACUUAAGGAUGUUGCAAAGAAGGCCGGCUUGCCUGCCGACACUACUGAGGCUUGGUUGAAGAGCAAAGUUGAGGAUGGCAAGGUGGAUGCGGAUGGAUUGGCCAAGCAGGUUGAGGGCAAACUCAAGACUGCGGCCAAGUUCAUUCCCGGUGAACCCAAGGACCUUGUCCAACAGAUUGAACAAGUCAGCCCUUCCUUGGCUAAGCUCGUUUCCCAAGCCCUUCAACAGGCAGGUGUGUCUGAUGAGAAGGGCAACAAAAAAGUGUAACCACCAUAUGCAAUAGCACUUUUUUACUGGCAAUCCAUUAUGUAUCCCGUAACAAUGUA